GUAUUAACAAAAAUAUCGUCUCAUUCUCUACAUAUUUUUCGAGUGAUAAAAAAAUGCGCACGUUUGUAUUGAAAUUUGAAAAAAGUUGGUUAUACUUGGUUCUAUAUUAUUAUUUUGGAUGCUUAUUUGUGAAAACUGGACCUGUGUGUCCGCCACGAGAUGGUCAGGUAUCAGUCUACCAUCCUCAUGAAGAUUGUACAAAAUUUUGGCAGUGUUCAAAUGGGAUCCCUUAUUUAUUCAACUGCCCAACAAACCUUUAUUUUAAUACAAAAUUAAAUGUUUGCGACUGGCCUUACAAUGUUCAAUGCCCCUCACCUACAACUCAACCAACAACAACUUCAACCAACAAACCUCCAAUAGUGACCACAAAACAACCCCCACCUGUGAUAACAACCACUCAAAAAACCCCACAGCUUUCUGAAAGUACCGCAACAACUAAAUCUGACACAACUUCCAUCUUAACAAGUUCACAAUUUACUACUAUAAAAACGUCUUCAAUCGGAACAAUAUCUGUUAAUACAGAAGUACCUACUAGUACCUCAAAAGUUACUACUGCUAAAGUUACUAGCACAUCAACAACUGCAUCUAACACUGACGAAACUACGGAUAAAUCUACCGUUAUAAGUUCAGAACCUACUAUAAGUGCCAGCUCAAAGCAUAGCACUCUUUCAACCCGUGUUACUACUACCUCAAAUAUUUCUACAAUGUCCUCUUUUAAAACUAGUACUUCACAAAGUACUUCAGAGCCUUCAACCUUCCAGACUGUACUAACUUCAGAUGUAAGUAGUUCAUACUCAGAACUACCAACUACUGUGGAAACAUCGUCGGUCACAAUCCCAAUAGUCUCAUCAGAAAAAACUUCUAAAUCUUCUCCACAUAAUUCUGAAUAUUUAACACUGCCUUCUACACAAAGCAGUAAGACCGAUACCACUUGGAUAAGUACCAAAUCUACAACUUUUACUUCUUCAGAAACUACUACUAUUUCUGAGUCGCAUUCAUCAUUUACUACAUCACAAGCUAGUGAUGAAGUUGAUAUUACAGAUACAACAAAUGAUAAGUUGACUUCAGAAACCUCAGAAAUUACUACAACCACGACAAUUCUAGAAGAUGAUACUACUACAGAGAUUAUUUCAGAAGCUACUGGCCUCAUAAAUGAUACAAGUCAUACAACAGACAAUCAGAAUAUACCAAAUUCUAGCAAAACAACUAUACCGGAAAAAUUUACAGAAGGUACAACUAUUACAGAAGCUACUUACAGUACUAGUAAUGAAGACAAUACUACAGAUGAAACAACUACUACAGAAGCUACUUACAAUACUAGUAAUGAAAACAAUACUACAGAAAUAAAAGAAGAUGCAAGUAUGACUUCUACAUCAACAACAGACAACGAUAAUAUACCAAAUUAUAGUAAAACAACUAUAACAGAAGAAACAACUACUACAGAAGCUACACACAGUACUAGUAAUGAAGGCAGUACUACAGAAACAAAACAAGAUACAAAAGAAUUUACAGAAAACAGUACCACUAGAAAAGCUACUGAUAGUACUAAUAAUGAAGACAAUACUACAGAAACAAAAGAAGAUGAAAGUAUGACUUCGACAUCAACAGCAGAUGGUCCAAGGAGUACCAGUACAACAUAUGUAACCAGUAUCAGUACAGAAACAGAAGAAAUUGUAACAGAUAAUAGUAGUACUAUUGAUACAAGUGAAACAGACAGCACUUUAAUAACUACGGAAUUUAUACCUAACGAAGAAAUAACAACGCGAAGUGACCAUACUAAUAGUGCUUCUAGCAUAAUUGUUGAUGAUACAACUUUUGAGACAACAACAGAAAAAUCAAUCGAUGUAAGUACAGGUAGCACCACGGAUAGUAUUGCCAGUACUACAGAAUUUUGCACAACAGACCAAUCUGUAGAAUAUGAUUCAGAUAGUACUGUAAUUACAGAUGAAAUCAGUUCCACUAGUAGUACUAUCGUAAGUAGUGCUUCUACUACUAUUAGUAGCACUAUCGCAAGUAGUACACCUACUAGUAGUAGUACGGCUAUAUCUAGUAGUACCAUUAGGACUACAAGAGCAAAUGAAAAUCUCGAUUAUAUUUGUCAAAAUAAUCCUGGCCAAUAUUUUCUUACAGCUCAUCCUAACAAUUGUGCCGCAUAUAUUGCUUGUGCGUUUGGAAAGGCAAUCCCUUACCGCUGUAAUAACGGACUCUGGUUUAGUAGCGCAAACUUGCGAUGCGUGGAGCCGCAUUUAUCGGACUGUAAAUUAAUCGACACGACAUCGAUAAGAAGUGGUGCACCCUUUAUCCCGACUACUACAGAAAAUAAUGAAAAGGCUCAAACAAUAUGCUCCGAUUUUAAUAAAAUAUCUUUUAAUUGCCAUCCUGAAGAUUGUACCAAGUUUAUUGUUUGUGUUUAUGGUCUAGAGUAUGUUAUGGAUUGUCCAUCGGGACUAUGGUUUGAUCAAAAUUUGGAAGAAUGUGUUUAUCCACAAGACACUAAAUGUUUGGCUGUAAAAAAUAGACAUUUGUCGGCUUUACUAAUAUUUAUAGAUUAA